AUGGUCUUCCUCAGCACCUUCACUCCUGUACCGUCUCGCGUUCAAGAUGGCAGCGAGGACAUCCUUCCCGCUGCAUUGCUUUCAGGUGCCCCUAUGGAGCUGCAAGCUCGAACCGUCCGAAUCUACAAAGAGGCCAAGCCUGCAACGCAAUCCGGAGAUUUCAGGACGGAACGCUGGCGUAUGGAUUGGGAUAUUCUAGCAAAGGGUCAUCGCUGGGAGAAUCCUUUAAUGGGUUGGCAGUCGUCUGGAGACUUCAUGCAGGGCACGCACGUUAAUUUCAAGAGCAAGGAAGAUGCAAUUAACUUUGCCGAGAAACAAGGAUAUGACUAUUUUGUGCAGGAACCCAACUCUCGCAAAUUUACGCCGAAGGCCUACGCGAAUAACUUCCUUUACUCGCCGAAGGUGUUGAAACACAUUCGCACAAAGUAA